GCUGAGAUACGUCACGACGCACGGCGGGCCUCGCUCCACGCUCCGCGCCGCGAGCUGUCAUCAUUUCACCGGGAGAGGCGAAGGGCAUCCGGGAUAACAGCCGACUGGGGAGCUGCUGAACACGGGUUUUUCGAGUGGACAGACGCAUCAGAGGACAGUGGACGCUUGAUUUCAUCCCUCUCAGUCCUGGGACUUACCCCGGUGGAGUGACUUUGACCCCCUUGUGGUUCUGAGGUUGAGAAGGUGUCGGCCCGACCUCCCUCCCUCCCUCCCCCCGCCCGCCCGCCGCGUGACGCUUUCAGGACUUCGUAAUGCACCGUUUAAGGACUUGUGCGGUGCGGUUGCGCCCGCUCACCGCCUCGCAGGCGGCUCAAACUGUCGGCCCGCAGCGGCCAAUCACAGUCGCCUCCCCGGGGGGCGCAAGGACGUUUCUGCCCAUAAGGGGCUACACGACACCGGUGGCCUCAGAGCCGUUCCUCAACGGGACCAGCUCCAACUACGUGGAGGAGAUGUACUUUGCCUGGAUGGAGGACCCCAAGAGUGUUCACAAGUCGUGGGACGUGUUCUUCAGGAACGCGAACGCCGGUGCUCCCCCAGGAGCAGCCUACCAGUCUCCUCUGGGUCUGUCUGCUGCUCCUCAGCUCUCCUCUCUGGUGGGGGCUCAGCCCAACGUGGAGAAGCUGGUGGAGGACCAUCUGGCGGUGCAGUCCCUCAUCAGAGCCUACCAGAUCCGGGGGCAUCAUGUGGCUCAGUUGGACCCCCUCGGCAUCAUGGACGCCGACCUGGACUCGUGUGUCCCCACCGACAUAAUCACCUCCUCCGACAAGCUGGGCUUCUACGGUCUCGAUGAGUCCGACCUGGACAAAGUGUUCCGGCUGCCGACCACCACCUUCAUCGGAGGCUCAGAGAGCGCUCUGCCGCUGAAGGAGAUCAUCCGCCGCCUGGAGAUGGCGUACUGUCAGCACAUCGGGGUGGAGUUCAUGUUCAUCAACGACCUGGAGCAGUGUCAGUGGAUCCGACAGAAGUUUGAGACUCCGGGAGUGAUGCAGUUCACUCUGGAGGAGAAGAGGACGCUGCUGGCCCGCAUGGUGCGCUCCACCAGGUUUGAGGAGUUCCUGCAGAAGAAGUGGUCUGCUGAGAAGCGCUUCGGGCUGGAGGGAUGUGAGUCUCUGAUCCCGGCUCUGAAAACCAUCAUUGAUAAAUCCUCUGAGAACGGGGUGGAGAACGUCAUCAUGGGCAUGCCUCACAGGGGUCGUCUGAAUGUUUUGGCCAACGUGAUCCGUAAAGAGCUGGAACAGAUCUUCUGUCAGUUCGACUCCAAACUGGAAGCCGCUGAUGAGGGCUCUGGAGACGUGAAGUAUCACCUGGGAAUGUACCAUCGCCGCAUCAACCGCGUGACGGACAGGAACAUCACGCUGUCCCUCAUGGCCAACCCGUCUCACCUGGAGGCCGUGGACCCCGUGGUGCAGGGGAAGACCAAGGCCGAGCAGUUCUACUGCGGAGACAACGAUGGCAACCGGGUGAUGUCCAUCCUGCUCCACGGAGACGCAGCGUUUGCAGGUCAGGGCAUCGUGUACGAGACGUUCCACCUGUCCGACCUGCCGUCCUACACCACGCACGGCACCGUGCACGUGGUGGCCAACAACCAGAUCGGCUUCACCACGGACCCCCGCAUGGCGCGCUCCUCCCCGUACCCCACGGACGUGGCUCGCGUGGUCAACGCGCCCAUCUUCCACGUCAACGCUGACGACCCCGAGGCCGUCAUCUACGUGUGCAAAGUGGCCGCCGAGUGGAGGGCCACCUUCCACAAGGACGUGGUGGUGGACCUGGUGUGUUACCGUCGGAUGGGUCACAACGAGAUGGACGAGCCGAUGUUCACUCAGCCGCUGAUGUACAAGCAGAUCAAGAAGCAGAAACCGGUUCUGCAGAAAUACGCAGAGAAGCUGAUCGCUGAGGGAGCAGUGAGCCGCCAGGAGUACGAGGAGGAAAUUGCCAAAUAUGAUAAGAUCUGUGAGGAGGCGUACACUCGCUCCAAAGACGAGAAGAUCCUCCACAUCAAGCACUGGCUGGACUCCCCCUGGCCUGGUUUCUUCACUCUGGAUGGUCAGCCCAAGUCCAUGAGCUGCCCCUCCACCGGUCUGACCGAGGAAAACCUGAACCACAUCGGGACCGUGGCCUCGUCCGUCCCAGUGGAGGACUUCACCAUCCACGGAGGUCUGAGUCGAAUCCUGAAGAGCCGGGCUGAGAUGGUCCAGAAGAGGACCGUGGACUGGGCCCUGGGGGAGUACAUGGCCUUCGGCUCGCUGCUGCAGGAGGGGAUCCACAUCCGGCUGUCGGGGCAGGACGUGGAGCGAGGCACCUUCAGCCACCGUCACCACGUCCUCCACGACCAGAACGUGGACAAGAGGACCUGCAUCCCCAUGAACCACGUCUCUCCAGACCAGGCGCCGUACACCGUGUGCAACAGCUCGCUGUCCGAGUACGGAGUCCUGGGCUUUGAGCUGGGCUUCGCCAUGGCGAGUCCCAACGCCCUCAUCCUGUGGGAGGCCCAGUUUGGGGACUUCCACAACACGGCCCAGUGCAUCAUCGACCAGUUCAUCUGCCCCGGUCAGGCCAAGUGGGUCCGACAGAACGGCAUCGUGCUGCUGCUGCCCCACGGCAUGGAGGGCAUGGGUCCGGAGCAUUCUUCAGCUCGUCCAGAGAGGUUCCUCCAGAUGUGCAACGACGACCCGGACGUCAUGCCGCCACUCACAGAGGACUUUGCGGUGCGUCAGCUCUACGACUGCAACUGGAUCGUUGUGAACUGCUCCAACCCCGGGAACUACUUCCACGUCCUGAGGAGACAGAUCCUGCUGCCCUACAGGAAGCCUCUGAUCGUCUUCACUCCCAAAUCUCUGCUACGUCACCCAGAGGCCAGAUCCAGCUUUGAUGAGAUGCUGCCAGGAACCCACUUCCAGAGGCUGAUCCCAGAAGGAGGCGCAGCAGCCGAGCGCCCGGAGGAGGUGAAGCGCCUCAUCUUCUGCACGGGGAAGGUUUACUACGAGCUCACCAAGGAGAGGAGGAGCCGAGGGAUGGAGGGCGUGGUGGCCAUCGCUCGUAUAGAACAGCUGUCCCCGUUCCCCUUCGACCAGGUGAAGGCGGAGUCGGAGCGUUUCUCCAACGCCGACCUGGUCUGGUGUCAGGAGGAGCACAAGAACCAGGGUUACUAUGACUACGUGAAGCCCCGCAUCAGGACCACCAUCGAGAGGGCCAAGCCCGUCUGGUACGCGGGCAGGGGGCCGGCGGCCGCCCCGGCCACGGGCAACAAGAAGGCCCACCUCAUGGAGCUGCAGCGUUUCCUUGACAACGCCUUCGGCCUGGACGCCUUCAAGGACCAGCAAUAGAGCCCUGACCUCUGACCCCUGACACACCCAAAACAAUACAACCUCCCCCCCCCUCCACCCACCCCUCCCCCCUCAGAUGGCACCCAUAGUACACACUGUCUGUUCCAACUACAAGCAGUACUACUACAGUACUAGCAGUAUCAGUAGUACUGUUUCUCCUAAUUAAUAAAUGAAAUAAAAAGCCAGGUAUUCAGAUACUUGGUGUGAUGCAGUGUGUACUUUAUGGUGUCAGUAUGUAGUACAUCUGAUGGUACAUUUGUACAGCAACAAGUUGUACAACAGUACUACUAUUUUGAAGUAUGUGAUACUUAAAUAAACAUAAUUCAUUCAGUCUAAAGUACACAAAUACAAAAAAAUACUCAGAUGGUUUUCUUAAAGUCUUUAAAAACAGCAACAUUUAAAAUAAAGUUGUUCCGAUUGGAUACGAGCUGAUAUGAUGUCAUCAUCGUUAGCAUCGUUUGCAUUGUUAGCAUUGUUAGCGCUACCCAUUGAAAGCAAAUGGGAGCCCAGCUACAACAGGUGGUUGUUUGGGUUUUUUUGCCUUUUCAUUCUUUUUUGGGGGGUGGUCCAUGAUUAGUUGGUCACCGUGGCAACGCUUUACUCGCACAUUGAGUUUUGUUUUUCUUUACAUUGGGGGAUUAGAAUGGAAAAGGGGUCUGCGCCAUGAGGCCCCCCCAUGAGCUCAACCAAAUGCACUGCUGAUGAUGAUUAACUCUUCCUCCUCCCCCC